AAAAUAAUAUUUUUCCGCUACAACCAGACGUCUAUUACAUACAUGCAUCAUUAUUUAAUAGUAUCUUAUAACAUACCUAUUUACAUUAUAAUCAUAUCUCAUUUAACAGACUGUAAACUUGUAAAGUUUCAUACGCCAUCAAGAGAAAAUCUCAUAUUUUAUCUUUUUAUACAAAUAUACGCAAAGAUAUUUAUGCGGAAGAAUGGCUAUAUCAGUUACUGUUCAACCAGAGAGUUAUCACAUCAUAAUAAUGAUACAAUUUCGCAGUUGUUAUUGAAAAAUAAAAUUACUUAGCAAAAUGGAAUUAUCUGAAAAGGAACAACUAUGUAAACUAGACGAAGUGGAAAGGGGGUCAUUGAACGACAGCCACAAACAUCGACUGUGCAGAAAUAGUCAAAGAAGAAAAUCAGGAAGGAGAAAAACUGAACGCGUCGUCUUCAAAACAGGACAAUUCAACUUAGAAAAAUGGAAGAACUCGAAAUAUCGUGUGUUUCCAGACAUCGUGCAAGCACUCAUCGAUGUUCAGUGGCGAUGGACGAUUGUGUACAGCAUCCUCACAUACAUCAUCAUUUGGCUGGCCUUCACAGGAAUUUGGUGGAUUAUCCUAGAGAUGCAUGGUGACUUCGAACCAGACCACUUGCCACAUGUUGCGAAUUCCACCUGGGAGCCUUGUGUCCGAGAAAUCUAUAGUUUCACGUCCCUCUUCCUCUUCAGUAUUGAAAUCCACACCACAAUAGGUUAUGGUGGCAGGUCAAUCACAUUGGAAUGUCCUUCUGCAAUGUUUACAAUGUGCAUCGAGAGCAUACUCGGUACUAUCACUCAAUCUUUCAUCGUUGGCAUAGUAUUCGCCAAAUUGACAAGGCCGAAAAAUCGAGCACAGACGCUGUUAUUCUCGAAGAACGCCAUCAUCAACCAAAGAGAUCGCAAUCUACGUUUGAUAUUCAGGGUCGGGAAUACUAGGAAGUCAAGGAUCAUAGCUGGCAACGUCCAAGCUUAUUUAAUCAGGCAUAGUUCUGUGGAUGUGUUGGAGAACCAAAUAAAAUUGUGUCUGUCCAUGGACUCCAGUGAGAAUAUUUCAUUCAUGUUUCCUGUCUGUGCUGUACACACGAUAGAUGAAGAGAGUCCGUUUUAUUCAAUGUCCGCUUCUGAUAUAAUAAAAGCAGAUAUGGAAAUCCUCGUAGUGUUUGAAGGCACCAUAGAAUCGACUGGCCAGCCUGUCCAAGCGAAGUCGAGCUACACCACACAAGAAAUUUUAUGGGGACAUCGCUUCAUUGAAAUGGUCGAGUACAGGAAAGAAAAGCACGGUUUUCUUAUCGAUUAUGCAAAGUUCAAUGAAACCUAUCCUGUCAGUACACCACUGUGUUCAGCGAAACAACUUAAUAAUUUUUAUGAACAUAAUUUAAGGAAAUUAAAAGAUAAUAUUCGUUGAC